AUGUCGACUCCCACUCUCAUCAACCUUCCUCCCCCGCCAUCCGAUCCGGUCACGCCGUCGGAAAUGGGACCGGGCACUCCAAAUUCAGGUACCACGUCACUGUCGGCGCUGUCAACCACCGCCAUAAAAGAUGGCCAUCAGGGCCAGAUCCAUCCGCACAGUCACCACGCUCAUCAUUCAUCGUCUGCGUCUGGAACAUCGACCACCACUCUAGAUGCGGAACGCGCUGAUCGCAUCUCCCGACUGGCUGGGCUGGAGCGCGUGGCUGCUGCUCGCGCUGGCGCUGUUCAGGGCAGCGGCAUGAAUGUCAACACGCCGUUCCCUGCGCACCUUCAAGGGUACUUUGACAACUAUCCUCACAUCAAGGAGAGAAGCACUGUCGGUAGUGCCAGCGCAACGGGCAGUGUGGGCGGACGUACAACCUGGGCCAGCGGUAGCGAUGCGUUUGACCCGGACAAGAUGAGCGAGGACCCCGAUGAUGGCGUCUCAAGCGUCGGUGGUAUGAGUGAUGAAUGCAAUGCCAGCCUGGUCGGCUUUGGAGAAGGCGCAAGCAGCACUAUUAGUGGACCUGUCUCGAACGCUGCCCUGAGCAGGAUGUCCUCUGGCGGACGGCCCAAUUCGCUGGGCAGUCCAACGGCCGCCCGGUCCAGCUUGAUGGCUUCUUAUUUGCACGGCAGCGCCAGUCCCUUGAGCGGCGUGGUCCCUUCGUCUCCAUCCGUCACCGGAUCCAACACGCCGGAGGCCUCUGCGGACGCGCGCAUGGUCGACGGGAUGACUUACGAUCCGGACGUAGUUGACACGACCGUUCGCACUCCGCAACUGGUGUCUCCUCACAGCAGAACCACCAGUGCUGCGGGCUCAGAUCUGUCGGGCCAGGGCCCUCAGCGGCCACGGGCGGCAUGGGAUAGCGGGAGGUAG